CCGCUCCCGCCCCUUCUCCGCCUCGCCCCGCCCGGCCCCAGCGGGCACGCGCCGGAAGUGCGCAGCGCCCCCCGCCUGUUCCGCCCGCCUCGGGAUUGGCCGGCGCGGGGAGGCGGGGGGGGGGACCGCCGCGUGACUCACUGGGAGCGAUGGGUGCCGGGACGGAGCCGCCGGGCCCUGCGCCCAGCAGCGUGUACCUGGACUACAACGCCACCACCCCGCUGGCCCCCGAGGUGGCCCAGGCGCUGGGGGACGCUGCCUGCCAGGCCUGGGGGAACCCCAGCAGCGCCCACCCCGCAGGUAGGAAGGCCAAGGAGCUCAUCGCUGGCGCCCGGGAGAGCCUGGCGAGGAUGGUGGGAGGCCGGCCGGAGGAUGUCAUCUUCACCUCAGGGGGCACGGAGGCUAACAACAUGGUGAUCCACACUGCUCUCAGGCACUUCCAAGAAAGCAAGGGGCAGGACGGGGCCACGCCGCACAUCGUGACAUCAAGUGUGGAGCAUGACUCCAUCCGUCUGCCGCUGGAGCAUCUGGUGAAGGAGAGCCUGGCAGAAGCCACCUUUGUGCCUGUGUCCCCACGAAGUGGGCAGGCCGAGGUGGACGACGUCCUCGCUGCGGUGCGGCCGACCACCUGCUUGGUUUCCAUCAUGCUGGCCAAUAACGAGACGGGGGUCAUCAUGCCGGUCUCAAAGCUGAGCCAGCACAUCCACGUCCUCAACCAGAAGAGGGUGGCGGAGGGGCUGCCCAGGAUCCUGGUGCACACGGAUGCGGCACAGAUGAUUGGCAAGGGGCGUGUGGACGUGCAGGAGCUGGGGGUGGACUACCUCACCAUCGUGGGGCACAAGUUCUACGGCCCGCGGAUCGGCGCGCUGUACGUGCGUGGCCCUGGCACCACCACCCCGCUGCACCCCAUGCUCUUCGGAGGGGGACAGGAGAGGAGUUUCCGGCCAGGCACUGAGAACACCCCAAUGAUCGCUGGCCUUGGCAAGGCUGCAGAGCUCGUGAGCAGGAACUGGGAGGCCUACGAGGCCCACAUGCGGGAUGUUCGGGACUACCUGGAGGCCAGGCUGGAGGCAUCCUUUGGGAAGCAGAGGCUCCACUUCAACAGCAAGUUCACGGGCUCCAAGCGACUCUGCAACACCUGCAACUUCUCCAUUCUGGGCCCAGGCCUUCAAGGGCGCAGGGUGCUGGCUCACUGCAAGACCCUCCUCGCCAGCGUUGGGGCUGCCUGCCACUCCGAGAAAGGGGAUCGGCCCUCGUCGAUCCUGCUCAGCUGUGGGAUCCCCUACGAGGUGGCGCAGAACGCCCUGCGGCUGAGCGUGGGGCGGGACACCACCCGUGCCGAUGUGGACCUGGUUAUGCAGGACCUCGUGCAGGCUGUGGCACAGCUGGGCGAGGACGGAGCCUCGUAGCCCCCAGGACUACCCAGCUGCCCCCCAGCGGGCAGAGCCCCUGGUGCCAGCUCUACGUGCUCCAAAAGGAAACAGCAGUUGUGCCUGCCCUAAAUGUGUGCCAGCACCGGAGGAAACGUGUCACCCCUGCGUGCCAAGGCACUUGUUGUGAUCACUGCUGUAGGAGGACAUGCGUGCCGCACACAGGAGGAGCACGGCAGCUGGGCUGCUCAAUCUCGGGCAAUCUGUUCUCCCUUGGUAUUCAUAGGAAUAAAAGCAAUUGCCACUGCUGUGGCUCUUUCCUAAGUGAAA